AUGUCCACUAUUUUCCCGACUUGGCCUCACGUCCUCUUUGCAGUCAUAGAGCCGAUCACGCUCAUCGGAGGUUGGGCUCUCCCCUUCUGGGACCUCAAAGCGUUCAUAACAGAUCAAAUUCCUGGUCUCGCAGGCCCGGAAUCCGUCCAUCCAACCAGUGCAGCCCUCGCCUUCCAGCUAGCCAACCUCUAUGGUCUCCUCAGUAUCCUAGGCAUCGGCGUCUGCUACUCGACUACCGAGCCCAGGGUGCUGCGUAACUACCUCUAUGCUCUGGCCAUCGCUGAUGUGGGCCACAUCUACGUGACGUAUUGUUGCAUGGGCCAUGACAAAUUUGUCGACGUUAUCAACUGGAAUGUUUUAACCUGGGGAAAUAUUGGGAUCACCGGCUUUCUGAUGAUCAAUCGAAUUGCUUAUUUGGCGGGGUUGUUUGGAGAGGCGAAGGGGGCGGCGAAUAAAAUCCAGAAGCGGGUUUGA